AUGCCCGCUUUCGCUCUUGUCCCUGCAUCACCGUCGGAUCUGGAGGCUGUCGCCCGUGUGCAGUUCGAGGCCUGCGCGAAGGAUCAUGGCUUUCCUGUCAUAUUUCCAAAGGGGCCGACCUUGACCUCAAUCACCCAUUUCGUGCAGGCGUACGAAGCCGACAUGGAAAACGAUCUCAGCUGUCACCUCAUGGUUGUCAAAGACGCCCUGACCGGCGAUAUUGCGAGUUUCGCCAUCUGGCAUUUCUAUCCUCCACGCAGCUCAGAGGACAUCGAGGAGGAAAUGUUGACGCGUGACUUCCCACUGCCGAAUGAUGCGAAUAAGGAGCUGGGCAACAGGUUGAUUCACAACAGUAUCAGGAAGCGGCAUGAGGUGGUUGCAUCUGCCAUUGGAACAAAUCAGCCCUAUGCCUAUCUGGCUGCUGUGGGCACCAGGCCCAAAUACCAGAAUCAAGGAGCCGCAUCCCUUUUACUGAAAUGGGGUCUGGAACGGGCGGACGACAGAGGUCUGGCAGUCUACGUCGAGAGCGCGCCAAUGGCACUGCGGCUUUACGAAAAGUAUGGCUUCCGAGAAGUUUCUAACUUGACGCUUGAUAUGGCGCCCUGGAAGGAAGGUGAAUAUCUCAAUAAGUGCAUGGUUCGGCCGCCAGCUACCUGA